GUAGGUACCUAGGUAGCUAGUCUUAGGAAGCAGUCCGAGCGGCCCAGAAUUCCGGUCUUGGUAGCGACCCGAUACGCCCUCCGCCCUAUUGUCCAGACAUGGCAACUAGGUCGUCCUCGUCGUCAGCAACGAGUCUACUACUUACUCUCUCUCUCUUUCUCCAUAUCAGGUUGUACGAAUACGGUUACCGCGUCUUCCUCCCUGUUUCUCGAAAACAAGCCUCACCUCCGGACUGCCCACUGCCGGCCCUCUUUUUUUUUCUUUUCUUUUUCUUUUUUUCCCCCGAUUCUCAAUUAGUCUCGCUCACUUCAUCGUCCCGUUAUCGCAAGUAGCCGCCACCUGAGGGCCGAGUACCGUCUCUCCAAAAGAGAUGCGCCUGUCCAAGUACCAUUGAUAACUCUCCGCCAUAUAUGCAUAUCCCCCCCCCCCCCCC